AUGACGGACCCAGCAGGUGAGGACUUUUGCCAUGCUCUGGGGGCGCAGGGAAGACGUCUAACCGAGUUGGAGAGGGCCAUUUCCAGCCUGGGCCCUGGAGUUCCGUCGUUGUCUGCCCAGCUGCAAGCCCUGGCAACUCAGACUAACCAGCUGAUGGUUCGCCUGGACACACUGCCUACUGCCGCUUCGAGCCCUGACAUCUCCUCUUCACCUUCAGUUCCCUCUGCUUCCCUGGGUCACUAUUCUGAGCCGAGUGCUCCGCCUAUUGAGAGGUAUGAUGGAACUCCUGAGACUUGUCGCUCAUUUUUGACUCUCUGCUCACUAACCUUCGAGCUGCAGCCCAUCACCUUCUGCACUGAACGCUCUAAAGUGGCUUUCAUGAUCACAAAUCUCACCGGGCGGGCGAGAGAGUGGGCCACUGCUGAGUGGCAGAGGGGUUCAUCCGUUUGUGCCUCUGUGGAUGCCUUUUCUGCUGCUUUGGCCCGUGUGUUUGCUCAACCUGUUUCGGGCCGGGAGGCAGCCCGUGCACUGGGUCGGCUCAGGCAAGGCAGUAGCCGUGUUUUUGAUCAUGCCAUCCGGUUCCGCACUUUGGCGGCUGAGAGUCGUUGGAACGAUGAGGCCCUUGCUGACACUUUUUUUUUGAGUCUUUCUGAGGAUUUAAAGGAUAGACUGACCAUGGUUGAUCUCCCUACCAGUUUCGAAGCUCUUGUGGAACUAGCUAUAAAGGUUGACAACCGGCGACAUGAACGGGAGCGGCUCCGGCCAACGGGCCAUGUGGAUCGGCUGAAUCGGGGAGAGCAUGGCUCUGCAACGGCCUUGGGAUUUACACCUUCUAGCCCCCCAGCGGAACCCAUGCAGCUUGGUCGGACUCGCCUAAGCCUAGAGGAGCGACGUCGCCGCCAGCGUGAGGGACUCUGUCUCUACUGUGGGGGGACCGGCCACUUCCUAGCUCGGUGCCCGGUAAAAGACCAGGCUCAUCGGUAACCAGAGGCCUACUGGUGAGCCACUCCGCAAGCGCCUCUGCACCUACACGCGCCUUGACCCCAGUUUAGCUCAUCACUUCUCCCAAGAAUGUCCUGGAUCUAUCAGCUCUCAUCGACUCCGGCGCUGAUGAAAGUUUCAUGGACCGGGACCUGGCCCGCCAGCUGGACCUGCAGCUCGAGCCUCUUCCUGAAGUGCACCAUGCCCGCGCCCUCGAUGGCCACCUGCUUGGACAGGUUACCAAACAGACUCCUCUCCUGUCUCUGCAGAUGUCAGGUAACCACAAAGAGACUAUUUCAUUCCUGAUAAUUGACUCUUCCCACUACCCUCUUAUCCUGGGUUACUCCUGGUUGUGUAGACAUAACCCUCUGAUGGACUGGGCUACAGGCAGGGUGUUAGGAUGGAGCCUAGCCUGCCAGUCAGCCUGUCUGCUCUCUCUGCCUGUUCCCCAUAGAUCUGCUGAUUCUUCUUUUGAGUUCCCAGAUUUGUCCAUGGUGCCAAGGGUCUACCUAGACCCUAGAGGUUUUCUCCAAAGGCCGGGCCGCAUCCUUACCUCCACACCGCCCUUAUGACUGUGCUAUUGAGUUGCUUCCUGGAACAAUGCCACCCAAGGGCCGUCUGUACUCUCUAUCCGCGCCUGAGCGGAGGGCCAUGGAUAAAUACAUCCAGGAGGGGCUAGCGGCAGGGAUCAUCCGUCCUUCUUCCUCCCCUGCUGGAGCUGGAUUCUUCUUCGUGGAUAAGAAAGAUAAGACCCUUCGUCCAUGUAUUGACUACCGGGGACUGAAUGAUAUCACAGUGAAGAACCGCUACCCAUUGCCACUCUUCUCAUCGGUGUUUGAACUUCUUCAAGGGGCUCGUGUCUUCACCAAACUCGACCUGCGCAACGCCUACCAUCUGGUUCGGAUUCGUGAAGGAGAUGAGUGGAAGACGGCUUUCAACACCCCCAGUGGCCACUAUGAGUACCUGGUAAUGCCCUUUGGACCUACUAAUGCUCCUGCUGUUUUUCAGUCGCUGAUUAACGACGUUCUCAGGGAGAUGCUGAAUGUAUAUGUUUUUGUCUAUCUCGACGACAUCCUGGUCUUUUCCCAGAGUGAAGAGGAGCAUGUGGGUCACGUCCGUCAGGUGCUGCAGCGGCUGUAUCAUCAUCAGUUAUUCGUAAAAGCUGAGAAAUGUGAGUUUCACCGGACCACUGUGUCUUUUCUGGGACUUGUGAUUUCAUCAGGGCAGAUCAAGAUGGACCCUGAAAAGGUCAAGGCCGUUAUGGACUGGCCUGUUCCCACCGAUCUGAAACAGCUCCAACGUUUUCUUGGUUUUGCCAAUUUCUACCGCCGGUUCAUCCGUAACUACAGCCACAUAGCAGCCCCUCUGCAUGCUCUCACCUCCUCAAACUCGAGAUUUGCCUGGUCCUCUGAGGCAGAGACAGCCUUCCAAACCCUCCUGUCCAGGUUCUCCUCGUCCCCCAUCCUGCAGAUGCCCGACCCCAAGCUCCAGUUCAUUGUCGAGGUGGAUGCAUCCGACGUUGGGGUAGGGGCGGUUCUCUCCCAACGUUCUGCGGGUGACGGAAAGGUUCAUCCGUGCGCCUUCUUCUCCCGGAAGCUGUCUUACGCCGAGCGCAACUACGAUGUUGGGAACCGGGAGCUGCUGGCCGUGAAGCUGGCACUGGAGGAGUGGAGGCACUGGUUGGAGGGGGCAGAGCAGCCCUUCCUAGUCUGGACGGACCACAAAAACCUGGAGUACAUCCGUGGAGCCAAAAGACUAAACUCCAGACAGGCUAAGUGGGCCCUGUUCUUCACCAGGUUUGAUUUUACCCUGUCUUAUCGCCCCGGGUCCCGAAACGUCAAGCCGGAUGCCCUGUCCAGGCAGUUUGAGGCAGAAAACCGCCCUCAGGAUGCAGCUCCUAUCCUGCCCUCCGACUGUGUGAUCGGGGCGGUGACCUGGGACAUCGAGAGGGAGGUCCAGCAAGCACUCUCGACGGCCAGGAUUCCUGUGGGUUGCCCUCCUGGCUGGCUUUUUGUCCCAGGCCCGCUCCGCUCCCGAGUCCUGCAGUGGGGGCACUCCUCUCUAUUAAGCUGUCAUCCUGGGGUGAGUAGAACACUAAGCCUCAUCACACAACGUUUCUGGUGGCCCUCCCUCAGGGAGGAUACUCGUGAGUUUGUCUCUGCCUGUCCUGUCUGUGUCCGCAGCAAGGUCUCCCGAAACCCUCCUGCCGGUCUGCUUAGGCCCCUACCUGUUCCUCGCCGCCCCUGGUCCCAUGUGUCUCUGGACUUUGUCACAGGUUUGCCACCCUCGGGGGGUAAGACUGUCAUCCUUACCACUGUGGAUCGUUUCUCCAAGAUGGCCCAUUUUGUCGCCCUGCCUAAGUUGCCUUCCGCCAAGGAGACAGCGAAGGCAGUUUUAUUUAAUGUGUUUCGUCUCCAUGGUCUUCCUCAGGACAUUGUGUCUGAUCGGGGUCCCCAGUUUGCCUCACGCUUUUGGAAGGAGUUCUGCCGGCUGCUCGGAGCGUCGGUCAGCCUCUCCUCCGGUUUCCACCCCCAAACGAAUGGCCAGACGGAGAGGUACAAUCAGGAGAUGGAGACAGCUCUCCGCUGCAUCACCUCCCGGAGUCCAACCAACUGGUCGCAGCAGCUCCUCUGGGUGGAGUAUGCCCACAACUCCCUCCCUGUGGCUUCUACUGGCCUGUCCCCGUUCCAGUGUGUCUAUGGGUACCAGCCCCCUCUUUUCCAGGACCUCGAGGGGGAGGUCACAGUUCCAUCAGCUCACGCUUUGGUCCGCCGAUGUCACCUCACCUGGAGGAGAGCCCGUGCAGCCCUUCUCCGCACCAACAUUGGAUACCAGAGGUCCGCCAACCGCCGUCGCUCCCAAGCCCCUCGCUACCACGUUGGUCAAGAGGUUUGGCUUUCCACCCGUGACCUGCCGGUUCGGGGGGAGUGUCGCAAGCUGGCUCCAAGGUUCGUGGGGCCCUUUCCCAUCUCAGAGGUCAUCAACCCUGCUGCCGUUCGCCUUCGCCUUCCUCGGACCAUGAGGGUCCACCCCACCUUCCAUGUGUCACGGAUCAAACCCGUCAGGACAAGUCGUCUGCUCCCACCCUCCGACCCGCCUCCACCACCCAGGUUAAUUGAUGGAGGCCCAGUUUACACGGUGAAUCGCCUGCUGGCUGUCCGUCGUAGGGGCAGGGGCCGCCAGUACCUCGUCGAUUGGGAGGGGUACGGGCCCGAGGAGAGGUCCUGGGUCCCUGCAAGGGACGUUCUGGACAAAACGUUAAUCAGAGACUUUCAGAGACUUAAUCCAGAUGUUCCGGGGCCGUCUAGAGACGCCCCUUGAGGGGGGGGUACUGUCAUGAUCUGUGCUUGUGAAGUCCACUUCCUGUUUUAUUUUGAAGAUCCUGUUUUCCCUGUGUUGCUGUUACCUUUACUUCCGGUCUUUGUUCCUUUUCCCGCCUUAGUUAAUUACCCCAUUGGCUUCACCUGUGUCUUGUCCCCGUCUCUAUUUAACCCCUCCUCACUAGCUCUUCCCUGCCAGAUUGUCUUUGUCACUUUAGUACAAGCUCUCUCGCGUUUUUGAUAUAUCUCUGCUUCCCGUGUAUGACCUGUUUUGAUCGUCCUGGAUUUUUGAUUCUUGCCUGUCCCACUGGUUUUUGUCGCCUGAUUAUUUGCUGCUCUGAUUUUGACCCUGCCGGGUUUCUUUUGUUGGAAUAAAAGAGUUUGCCCUUUGGAAACUGAACAAUUGCCUCACGUCCUCUGCUUUUGGGUCCACACACUCUCGGCCUCUUACAGCUUGAAAGAUUUGCCAAAGAGGAAUGAGCAGGGAUUCCUCAGGAGAUGUGCCAGAGCCUUGUUACAAACUACAGUAAAUGACUGCAUGCUGUUAUCCAGCAAAUAGGACACACAAUUGACUAUUAGCCUCAGGGGGGCUAAUGAUUUUGACCCUGGUAAUUUUUUUCUGAAAUAAUUUUGUUUCUGUGUGCAAAGUAAAAUAAUGUAAGGAUCCAAAAUAAAACUAGGAUGUCUGGAAAAGCGGUGUAAAACAAUCAUUACUCUGUUGAACAGCACUUAGGAAAUUUUGGAAAAAAACUUACAAUUUCAUAGGGGGGCUAAUAAUUUUGGCCUCAACUGUAUGUGACCUAUAACCUGUACAACACAAUUAAAAAACAAACAGAAAUCUUUCAGGGAGGUGAAGUAAAAAUAAAAAAACUAAGAUCAUGUGAUUGGUUAAGUAUGCACACCCUUUAAUGACUGGGGCUGUGGCUAUGAUCAGAUUUAACCAAUAACAUUCAAACUCAGAUUAAAUUGGAGUCAGCACACACCUGCCACCAAUUAAAGUGCCUCUGAUCAACCCCAAAUAAAGUUCAGCUGUUCUUGUAGGCUUUUCCUGACAUUUUUGUGGCCACAUCUUCCAGCACAAGCCAAGGUCCGCAGAGAGCUUCCAAAACAUCAGAGGGAUCUCAUUAUUCAAAAAUAUCAGUCAGGUGAGGGCUACCAAAAAAAUUUCCACGGAACUAAAUAUACCAUGGAACACAGUAAAGACUGUCAUCCUCAAAUGGAGAAAAUAUGGCACAAACCCGUAUCCUGUCAAUACAAGUGUUCACAUCAGCAACGUUUUCCCAUCCUGCAAUAUUGCGGCAUUUAUUUUUUCAGAUCAUGGUUGAUUUCUGUAAAGUUUUGCAUACUGUGUGUCCACUUUUUGAUAAAAGACACAAAUAUUACAAAGGUAAUGACCUGAAGGACAAUUUGUGAAGAGUCAUAGCGUCGGCUCUCUCAUAUGAUGAUGUUUCGUGUGCUUUAAAGGGGUGUUCAGACCAAACGCGACCAGGUUGCGUCGCGUCUCGUUGGUCGGUCAUGUCGCGUCGCGUGGUGCUCUGGUGUGUUCACAACGGGUCCAAAGCUGCGGUCGCAGGACGUGGCUGGUCGCCGCUGACCCGCUUCUCCUACCUUCCUUCUCCCUCCUUUUCUCCCUCAUAUAUACAUCCGGCAGCCCCUUCCAGCGCUUGUGGCACACACACACACACGCACGCACGCACGCACACACACGUUGAAACAUGUAGCGGCUGUCCAUAGAUUUUGCAUUGGGAGCCGUUGCCAACGUUGCCGAGGUCGCGUUUGGUCUGAACACCCCUUUAACAGUUUGCUAAACGUCUUUGUUUUAACUUAACUCAUCUGUGCUAACGUAAGCUAACGGUUGUUACCAUAGUUUUAUGUGCUUAUCUGGUACUGGCCCUGACUCAGUACAUGGUAUCAUGACAGAAAGCCAUCUCAACACUAGUGUCUAAUCAGAACUGAAAACAAUCAGCGACUGUGGUACAGUUUCAGCUCCUGAACAAAGCAGUGAAACUCACCAAGUUCUCUUCUUUUUUGUAAUAUUGGAUGCACCCAUGUGCUACAUUUCUUUUUCUUUUGAGAAAACAAAAGGAGUACCAAUUCGAGUCAAGUAGACUCCAUUUUUGUCCUCUUGCUUCCACCCAGGACGCUGGUUGUUCAGGGAAGGUCCCGCCCUCCUUCGCCUCUGAUUGGCUAUAAGUGCUGACUGUUGGCUUGAGUGUGUGAUGACGUUUCCAGCUGUUCUAGCCAAUCAGAGGCGAAGGAGGCGGGACUUUUCCCUGGAAAAGUCUUCCCCAGGAUGCAUCUUUUCCCCCCCAGAAAGUCGCAAAAUCGCAUCGGGCUUGAUGUGUAUAGUCAGGGGAGUAGGGGCGGAACGUGACAUCGGCAGUUUGACGCCGGCUGUUUGGACGGAAGUGGUUUGUUUGAAGAUGGUGGCGCGCUGCGGAGCGAGGCAGUUGAAGUGACUGGAUUGUAUGAAUGUACUUCAGAGGAUAAGGCAGUUACAUCUGAGAUUUAGCUGGGUGAAUUAGAUAAACAGUUAGAUUAAAUAACGUUAGGGUUUCCGGGGACGGGUAUCGACCGACGGCCUGUAUAGGUCCGGACCGGUGCCCGUUACCUUGCUUUCUUUAUUUCUUCUUUGAUAUCAGCAAGUUUGGCAGGAGUCAGUAAAUGGGAAGUGUUGUCAGGUAAGACAAUAAAUCAGAGUGGAAUAAAUUUAGGGAGGUGAAUGAGGGUCUACUGGAGGUAGUUGAUACAGACAGGGAUGUAGAAGUAGUAGCAAUAAUCACAGCAGCAACCCAAGCUAUUCCGAGGAGCAGAAAUGGGAGGACCAGGAAGUUAGUUCCAUGGUGGUCAGAGGAGUGUAGCAAGGCAGUGAAGGCCCGAAAUAAAGCAUUCAGAAAGAUUAAGCAGAAUCAUACUAUGGUAAGUCUGUUGGAGUAUCAGAGAGCACAAGCAUUGGUGAGGAGAGUAGUUAGACGCACAAAGAGGGAGAGUUAGAGGCAGUUUUGUAAUGGUAUAGGGAGAACAACACCGGUAGGAGAAGUAUGGAGUAUGAUAAGGAAGAUGGGAGGGGACAGGAGGGAGUGGGAAUACCCUGUGAUUACAGAGGAAGGAGAGACAGCAGUAAAUGAUAAGGAAAAGGCUGAGAUGAUAGCCAGGGCAUUUGCAAAGGUGCAUAUUGUAGACAAUCUGACUAUGGAGGGGAAGAGUAGAAGAGAGAUGACUCAGAGUAGAUAUCCAGGUGCUCUAGACAGGAGGAAGGAUACGGGGGGGAGAUAGACACCAGAUUUACUAUGGCAGAGCUUGUGAGAGCGGUUAGGAAGGCAAAGCCUACAGCGCCAGGUGGAGAUAAGGUAAGCUAUGUAAUGCUGAAAAAUUUGGGGGAGAAGGGGAUGAACAGGUUGUUAGAAUUGUAUAAUAAGGUAUGGGAGGAGGGAAGGCUACCGAGUGUAUGGAAGGAAGCAGAGGUAGUACCGAUUAGGAAGCCAGGUAAGGACCCAUGCUCUCCCUCUAGCUACAGGCCAAUAGCUUUGACCUCGAACAUAUGUAAAAUUAUGGCGCGAAUAGUAACAGAGAGGUUGACAUAUGUGCUUGAAAAGAGAGGUAUGAUGGCGAGAUGCCAGAGCGGAUUUAGAAAAGGUAGGAACACAAUGGACGCAGUGGUGAGACUAGAAAGUGAGGUGAGGAAGGCGCAGGCGAACAAGGAAUCUGUAGUGGUAGUGUUUUUUGACAUAGAGAAGGCAUAUGACAUGAUGUGGAAGGAAGGAUUACUGAUUAAGUUGCAGGGGAUGGGGAUUGGGGGCAGAGUUUUUAAUUGGGUAAAGGACUUUUUGAAUGAUAGGAAGAUUCAAGUUAGAAUAGGGUCAGAGGUAUCUAGUAAGUAUGAAGUAAGGAACGGCACCCCCCAGGGGAGCGUAGUUAGCCCACUAUUGUUUCUUAUCAUGAUAAAUGAUGUUUUUUCAGAGGUACCAGCAGAUAUAGGAAGCUUACUGUUCGCAGAUGACGGAGCACUGUGGAAGAGAGGUAGGAACACCAAGCAUAUAGUCACAAAGGUGCAGACGGCGAUUCAUGGGGUGACAGAGUGGGGAUUAGAUUGGGGGUGUAGGUUCUCAGUAGAGAAGACUCAGACUAUAUUUUUUACCGGGAAGAGGGUGGGAGUAGAUGUGUCAUUGAGUAUGCAUGGUAGGCAGCUGGAGAGGGUUGAGGCAUUUAAGUAUUUGGGGGUGGUAUUUGAUAAGAGGUUAACCUGGGCGGAUCAUAUCAAGCGGGUAGAGGGUAAGUGCAGGAAAGUGUUGAAUGUGAUGAGGUGUCUUGCAGGCAGAGAAUGGGGGGCGAGCUGUGAUGCAUUAAAAACAGUAUAUGUAGCUAUAAGGUCAGUUAUAGAUUAUGGGUGUAUAGUCAGCAGCAAAGUCUCUUCUAGGAAAGUUAGAUACGAUCCAGGCAAGUGCAUUGAGGAUCUGUAGUGGGGCCUUCCGGACGUCACCAGUGCCUGCAGUACAGGUGGAGUUGGGUGAGAUGCCGCUAUGCUUGAGGUGCAAACAUCUCAUUGCAAACUACUGGAUUAGUUUGAAAGGCAGCAGUGGUACCCACCGCACAAAAGGAGUGAUAGAGGAGUGUUGGGGGGAUGGGAAAGGUAAGAGGGAGCAUUUUGGUUGGAUGGGGAAUAGAAUACCAGCAGAGCUUGGGGUGGGUGGGAUGGAGGUAGGCCUAACAGUAGUGUAUCCAGCAAUGCCAUCAUGGAGAAUGGUAUGGCCAACAGUGGAUUGGAGUGUAAUGGGAAAGAAAAGGAAAGAGGGAGGCAGGUAGGCUUGGUUAGCGUAGUUAAUCAACGCCUGAGGGAAGAAUACAGCGGCUUUGUUCAGGUAUACACAGAUGGGGCAAAACAACCUGAGAUUGGGGGGGGCAGGAUUAGGAGUAGUGGUGCCAUCGAGGGAAUUGAGAUCAAUUUAAGGACAUCAGACGGUCUAGCGGUAAACACAGUGGAGAUGUUGGGGAUGUUGAUUGCACUGAAAUGGGUGGAAAAAGUUAGAGUAGAGAGGGUAGUUAUAUGCACGGUGUAGCAAUCAAGACAACCCUGGGUGUGAAACUCACACAUUCCUCACAGGAAAGUUUCCUUAUCUGGUCCCAGGACACGGGAUAUAAAUCUUUCCAGACUUGUUUGCACUCUCAGGUUACCUAAGUGACCCGACCGGAGGUUGACCAAACCUCUGACUCUUCACGAUUGGUCAAUUCGGAGAACAGAGACAGAGUUUUUAUUACCUUUCAAACUGACUCCAUCGCUGACCAUCUACAUAAACAUUAACGCCUCAACCCAGAUCUCCCAUUUGAGAUUUACUGUCUUAAAGUGUGUGAACAUACGGGCCCCAAGACAAUCUCUGAGGAGCAGGACCACUGACCUCCAGACCUCGGUCGUAAAACCCUGCUCGACCAUACACUGAUAAAGACUACAUUCCUUUGGUGAAAGAAUACAAAUGACUGAUCAUGACAUCUUAUGCAUUCAGCAAUGUACUAAUCUGUCUAAUCAUGAAAUUUGUGUUAAAAUGAGAUGUUUCUCAUUUUUCUAUGUGCUCCAGAAGCCAAGUUAUCACUCUGACAGAAUAAAUCCUUAUUCUUUAGUUUCUUUAGACCAACAGCUUUUCAGACUGUUUCAUGAACUUUUAAGAGUUAAAUUUAUUGACUAUGAAUCAUAACUUUACUCUACGUAACAGAAAUGGUUUAGAAAUGUUUGGUUUAUAUUUUAGUUGUUUAUUUAGUAUUUUUAACCAUUAGGUGGUUAUAAUGUCAUUGAAUAAUCUGAAUGUAAGUAUUUAGAAUCCAUUAUUAAUCAUGAUGACGUUCAUUCACAUGUGUUUACUCUUUUGUUGUUCACAGUUUCUAUGUGUUACUAUCUGUUUCAUUUCAGAGUAAUUUAGCAUGUUCAAUGUGAUACUUUAAACAUAAUGAGAAUGUUUGAUGUGAUCCUACAUUUCAUUCAUAUGUGUUUAGUAUUGUGACGGUUCCCUGGUGUCUAAUGUAUGCUUUUCCCUCUGUCAAGCAGGAGGUUACCAGGGGGCGGUCCGAUCGGUUAGUGAGGUUGGCAGCACCUGGGCCCGGUGUCUCCCAACCUAUAAAUACCCCGCCUUCUCCACCAGUUCGCUCUCUCCUUCCCUCCGGGCGGAUGGCUUUGUCUUUUGUUUUACGCAUCCAACACCCUAACACACAUUACACCCCAUAUUCACUCAUGCAUGCACGCACCUACACAGCUGAUCUACUGAUCCUCACACCCCAUGACUUGUUUGUGUUCACCACCUAAGUUGCUGUUAUACUGUUUUCUUAAUAAAUUCAUUACGUUUACGUUAACUAGUGCAUCUUCCGUUGUUUUUGUCGCGGCUGAAGAGCCUGGUCGUGACAAAAGUGGGGGCUCGUCCGUCUUGAUUAGGUCCGUUUCGCGUUGAAUGGUAAGCUAACUAGUAGUAGCAUUGGUGGGCCUGAUUUUUGUGAAUGGAAAGUGACGUAGUGGGUGACGUCACUAGCUUGUUGUGAGGGUUUCUCUUGGGGUUUUUCCGGCUUGCAGCGUGUCUUGUCUUUGUACACUGCGGCAGGAAUCGGGAGAUGCAAAUGAGUUAUGUAUUUUGGGGUAUUUGUUUAAAUAAGUAAUUUGUUUCGCGGGAUAGAAGGGGAGGUUUUUGUUUGGGUGUGGGUGUAAAAAUGGUAACGAUGUAAAGUAGGUGCUGUCGGCUGUGUGUUAAGGCAUCGGAAAGACUAAACGUGUGUUUUCCCCCUGUGAGGCUCAGAGGCGUUAUCCCUUUGGAUUUCGACCUGUUUAUUGUUUUAAUAGUGCUGCGGAGACCGUGGUUGGAGCAUUGCGCUCGGGAGCACGUCCGUGGUUCAGGAGGAGUCGCCAGCUAGUGGUUACUUUUUCCUAGUCAUUGGGUUUUAGUGCAUAAAUACCCGCCGCCAGUAACUGCAUGAAGACUAGGUGAGUUAAGGUAGGUAGAUUUUGGGUUAGGUAGUGAGUUAGAGGGGGGGGACACUCGUGGGCGUUUGAUAACUGUGCCUUUGUUUUGUGCCGGGUUUGGCUGCACUGUGCAUUACGUUGAUUACACCACACACACACCCACAAUGGUAAGCGGAGAUGGCAAGUGUGGAGGAAUUUUUUGUUUCCCCGUCAGAGGAGUUUUUAGAGCAGUGCACGAGAGAGCAGUUGUUGAAAAUAGCAGAGCACUACAAAGUUGAUGUGGGUGACAAACGUUUAAAGGACAGAGUAAGGGCAGUAUUAAUUUCAACUUUGUUUGAGAGAAAAGUUUUGACCGAAGAACCGCCAGUUGUUUCCCCAGCCGCCCAGUUGCUUCCGCCCUCAGUAGCAGUGGGGCUUACAUUUGACCAGCAGAAGGAGCUGCUUCUGUUGCAGCUGGAACAUGACAAGUGUAAGCAGAAAGCGGAGCUGGAGAAAGAACUGGCUGUGGAGAGGAUGCGUCAGCAAACGGAGCAGGCCAAAUUGGAAUUUGAGCAUUCUAAAUUGGCACUGAUUAAAGAGGGAAAGCUGAUGGCUACGGGUGAGUUGGCCAAUGAUUCUGUUUUGGGUCAGUCCACCGAUAGUUUUGAUGUGUUGGGCAAUUUGCGUUUUUUGCCAAAAUUUUGUGAGAAAGAUCCUGAAUCAUUUUUUUCUUUGUUUGAACGGGUCGCUGAUGCACGUAAAUGGUCGGAUGAGGUGCGCACGCUAUUAUUACAGUGUGUGUUCACAGGCAGAGCACAGGAGGCCUGCUCAGCAUUAACAGGGGAGGAAAGUUGUAAGUACUCUCAGGUGAAAUCGGCAGUUCUAAGGGCUUAUGAAUUAGUCCCAGAAGCCUAUAGGCAGCGAUUUAGAUCUUGGAAAAAGGGAGAAAGGCAGAGUCACUUAGAAUUUGCACGCGAUUUGGCUACCCAUUUUACGCGCUGGUGCGCUGCGGCGAGUGUGGAUGAUUUUGAUGGUCUCUGUGAGCUUAUCAUAUUGGAGCAGUUUAAAAAUUCACUGCCGGUGCGAGUGGCAACCUACCUCAGUGAACGAAAAGCUAGAAACGCGACUGAGGCGGCGGCUCUCGCAGAUGAUUAUGUGUUAACUCAUCGGAAUAGUUUUAGUGAGCCCCGGCUGGGCAGUGUAAACAGGGAGUCAUUCGGCCGACCCCUUAAACACUUUCCAAGUGAUAAACAGAGUGGCAGUCACCUAGGUGAUUCGGACAAACUUUGUAAUUACUGUCACAAACGCGGACACUGGAAAGCAGACUGUCAAUGGCUGCGGUCUAAAUCUAAGAGCACUUUUGGGGAUCAUGCGAAAGGGGUCGCUUUGGCUGUGCCCGCGCGUCACUUCGUCACUUCUGAGGUUGUGCAUGAUACCGAUUCUUGUCCGGAGAUGGAUUCAUACCGACCGUUCAUCACCGAGGGGUUUGUGUCUAUGGUAGGAAGCGAUACUAAGGUGCCGGUGACUAUUCUGAGGGACACGGGAGCGUUCGAUUCAUUCAUCAGGGUAGGAGUUUUGCCUUUGUCGAAAGACACAGAGACGGGGAGCUCUGUUCCUGUCCGGGGAAUGGAUCUCAGCGUCCUGUGGGUCCCAGUACAUAACGUAACGCUUCAGUGUGAUUUGUUUCAGGGGGAGGCUGGUUUCGCGCUGCGCCCGGCGUUGCCUAUUCCAGGUGUGUCGGUUAUUCUCGGAAACGAUUUGUUAGGGGCGAGAGUCUGGGCAGGGGUAUCACCACCCGUCGUGGUGGCGCCGACACCGUUGGCGAGAUUGAAGCCGGAUGAAAAUGAACGUGAUUUUCCGGAGAUUUUUUCAGCCUGCGCCGUUACGCGUGCCAUGGUGGCCGCAAAGUCCGAGGUUGACACAGAUAAAGAGGGUGUCCGUGAAAGAUUUGCAUUGCCCCUGUCUGACUUUCCUCUGUCCAUAUCUCGCAGUGACCUAGUGGCCGAGCAGCAGUCUGAUCCCUCCCUGAAGAAGCUGUUUGACCAGGUUCGACCGGCGAGUGAGGUGUGGGACAGUGCUUCCGGUUAUUUUUGCCACGACUCUUUAUUGGUGAGAAAGUGGGUACACAGCGCGAACGUAGAGGGGGACCCAGUGGUCCAAAUAGUUUUGCCAGUAAAGCUGCGGGAGUGUGUGUUGAAAGUUGCUCAUGAUGAGUCAGGUCAUUCUGGAGUAAGAAAAACUUAUGACCGACUCCUGAGACACUUCUUUUGGCCUCGUAUGAAGAGGGAUGUCGCGACUUUCAUUAAAACAUGUCAUACAUGCCAGUUAACUGACAAACCCAAUCAAACGUUGAAACCUGCGCCUCUGUGUCCCAUACCCGCAGUCGGACAGCCUUUUGAGCACUUGAUUGUUGAUUGUGUCGGUCCAUUGCCCCGCUCUAAAUCUGGUGCGAAUUAUCUUUUGACUAUAAUGUGCCAGAGCACCCGGUACCCUGCUGUGUAUCCCCUGCGUACAAUAACUACAAGGUCUGUGGUACGGGCGCUCUCCCAGUUUAUAUCUGUGUUUGGCAUCCCAAAGGUGAUUCAGUCAGAUCGAGGGUCUAACUUCUCCUCUCAAAUGUUCCAGCAGGUGCUGAAACAGCUGCGAGUCUGGCAUAACCAGAGCUCUGCCUAUCACGCUCAAAGUCAGGGAGCGUUGGAGCGCUUUCACCAGACUCUUAAGUCCCUUUUGCGCGCGUAUUGCACGGAGCUGGGUAGAGACUGGGAGGACGGGUUGCCCUGGUUAAUGCUUGCAGCAAGGGAGGUGACACAGGAGAGUUCAGGGUUUAGCCCGAAUGAGCUUGUCCUCGCACACACUGUCAGAGGUCCAUUGGCUGCGCUGUCUAGCGGCUGGGUAGAGUCACAACCUCCAAAGAAUUUAAUUGAUUAUGUCAAUGGCUUUAGGCACAGGCUGUACACUGCAGGGGUAUUGGCCAAGGAGAAGCUGGAGUCAGCUCAGGGCAAGAUGAAGCAUCUAUAUGACAGGGGGGCUGAGCGCCGUGUUUUUAGUCCUGGGGACCAAGUGCUGGCUUUGCUUCCAAUCGUCACGUCACCAUUCCAGGCAAAAUUUACUGGGCCGCAUACAGUGUUGGAACAAAUUUCAGAGCUUAACUACGUGAUUUCAACACCGGGUCGUAGGAAACCGACUCAAAGGUGCCAUGUAAAUUUGCUCAAGCCGUACUACGCGCGCCCCUCGGAGACAGUUGCCGUUGACCCGCAGCCAAGUGUUCAGAUCCAUGCAGUGUGCGCGGUGGCCCCAGUGGUGUGUUCUAAUCCUAGUCAUUCGGAGUCUGAUGACGAAUUAAAUAUGCCUGACUCGGCUCUGUUACAUGGGCGGCUUAAAAAUUCUGAGGCUAUGGCCCGGUUGGAUAACCUGUUUCCACAUUUAACAGAAUCGCGCCGAGCAGAGUUGAUCCAGGUGAUCCGAGGUUUUCCGGACCUCUUCAGUGAUACACCCGGUCGCACUCACUUAAUUGAACAUGACAUAGAUGUGGGGGAUGCUGCGCCCAUCAAACAAAGAUUUUAUCGAGUAAAUGCAGAUCGGCGUAAACAUUUGGAUGCAGAGGUUGAUUACAUGCUGGAGAAUGGGAUUGCGGAACCCUGCUCUUCCAGUUGGUCAUCUCCCUGCUUGCUCGUUCCAAAGUCUGACAACACGCCCCGUUUCUGUUCAGAUUUUCGUAAAGUUAACAACGUUACCAAGCCUGACUCUUUUCCAUUUCCCAGGAUGGACGAUUGUAUAGAUCAGGUUGGUUCAGCAGCGUUCGUCAGUAAAUUUGAUCUGUUAAAGGGAUAUUGGCAGGUGCCCUUGACGCCGCGUGCGCGUGAGAUAGCCUCUUUUGUGACACCAGCCGGUCUGUAUUCCUAUACAGUGAUGCCCUUUGGCCUUAGAAAUGCGCCUGCUACCUUUCAGCGUCUUAUGAACCGCGUCAUUGGGGACAUGCAGGGCUGUGCGGUUUAUCUAGACGACGUAGUGGUGUAUUCGGAUACGUGGGAAGAACAUCUGGAGCGUAUCCGGGAACUGUUCACUCGUUUGGCGGAGGCAAGGCUCACGGUUAACUUCGCAAAGUGUGAGUUUGCCAGAGCAACCGUUACAUACUUGGGCCGUGUGGUUGGGCAGGGCCAGGUGCGGCCCGUAGAUGCUAAAGUUCAGGCGGUGAAACAGUUCCCCGUUCCGGCAACGAAAAAAGAACUUAUGCGCUUUCUUGGUCUCGUCGGCUACUACAGGGGGUUCUGUAGAAAUUUUUCAACAGUCGUAGCACCAUUAACUGAUCUGUUGAAAGGAAAGGCGAAAUAUAUUUGGACUCCGGCUUGCGACAAAGCGUUCGUACAGGUAAAAGAGCUGCUUUGCUCUGCUCCUGUCCUGUCUGCCCCGCGUUUUGACAAGCCGUUUCAACUCUAUGUAGAUGCCAGUCACGCUGGAGCAGGAGCUGUCCUCAUGCAGACGGAUGAUUUGGGAAUCGAUAAACCUGUUAGUUUCUUUUCCAAGAAAUUUAACCCGUGUCAGUUAAAUUACGCGGUUAUCGAAAAAGAAGCACUUGCGUUAAUUUUGGCUUUAAAACAUUUCGACGUUUAUGUUGGUGGCAGCGGUGCCCCUAUCAUCGUGUACACUGACCACAACCCUCUAACUUUUCUUAACUCCUUGCAGUGUCCCAACCAGCGGCUGGUCAGGUGGUCGCUGUUCCUGCAGUCGUACUCUCUGGACAUUCGCUAUGUGAAGGGGGCCGAGAACGUGGUGGCAGACGCGUUGUCUCGGGCUCCCCCGCGUGGCGACUGUGCCUAACUGUUUCCCUUUUGGUUCUACUCUUGCCUCCUCUCAAUCUCUUAAAUUGCUUCCUAGGUGCACCGGUUGCUGGGGUGGGGAGUUUGGGUUAAGGAAUGUUGGACCAACGAAACAGUCUGGUACCUGGACUUGUAGUGUUCCACUGUGCUCACGGUGCCUGUAAAAAUGUAAUGUAUGUUGGGUUUGGGUUGUUUUUUAGAUUAGCACUUUAAAUAAAAAUUAAAAAUAAAAAAAAAAAGUUGACUGGAUACGGGUGCACUGAUAUGGUGUUACUGUGGGGUAUUGUGUUUAUGUUGGUCUGUUUGCUUAGGUUUGUUUAAUCCCGGGAUUCCCUUCAGGACCCCGUUCUUGUGGGGGUGGGUGUGACGGUUCCCUGGUGUCUAAUGUGUGCUUUUCCCUCUGUCAAGCAGGAGGUUACCAGGGGGCGGUCCGAUCGGUUAGUGAGGUUGGCAGCACCUGGGCCCGGUGUCUCCCAACCUAUAAAUACCCCGCCUUCUCCACCAGUUCGCUCUCUCCUUCCCUCCGGGCGGAUGGCUUUGUCUUUUGUUUUACGCAUCCAACACCCUAA